UCGACUCAGUCAGUCAUCAUCAAUUAACUUUGUAGUAGAAUUUUUUCUUCGUUGUUGUCGUUUCUGUGAUUGUUAUUCAAGCACGCGAGUAAAUAAGUAAAUAUUUUAAUGUAUAUCAGUGGAAAAAAAAGUAAAUAUUUUAUUUUAUUAAUGAUGGGAACGAUAAGAAAACUUACAAUUAAAUAAUUUAAAAAAAAUAAAUAAACAAUUUUUCACCUGCAAAAAUAAUAAAAAUAAAUAAAAAAAAAAUUAAAAUGUUGCAAAAAAAUAACUGAGUAACGAAGAAAGUGAUUUCAUGAAUAUUUUUAUAAAUUUCUCGACGAGAAGAAUCAACACGAAACAUCUUCUUCUGUAUUUUUUCAUGGACAUUCGUGCUUACAAAUAAAUAAAACGAAUAGAAAAGAAGUGAAAGAAACCAAUAAAAAAAUAAAAUAAAUAAAUAAAAUGAAAUCAUUAUUUAAUUAAGUGCAAUAAAAACGCAUGAGUUUUCCUUAACGCUCGUUUUAUUGUGUAGGUCACUUACAUCUGUAUUUUUUUUCUAACUGCAGAACGAUGCAAAGUUGCAUGAAAAGUGAAAUUAUUUAUUGACGUAUUAGAACUUUUUUUUUUUUUUGAUAAAAACGGGUCAAACGAGUAUUUCCUGUCCUUCCCCGUUGACAUUCGGGUCUGCCAUACCCGACCACGUCGUCGUCACAUCGACAGAUAAUCACCAUAUACAUUGUGGCCGACUACCUACAAAUGUAAUCGCAUUUAUGAAUAUUUAAUUCAUUCAUUGAUAUUAUAAUUGAAAGUCGUACGCGAAACAAAAAAAAAAGCAGCAACAUAAUAUCACGAGCGAACAUGAAGGUACGCGAUAAGACAACCACAUCGCCGAUAUGUUGUAGUAGUGCCGUAACAGCUGAUGGCACGAUGGCAACAAAAGGCACCGAAAGCAGCAGCAACAACGUCGUCAAGUGUGUUUUAAAUUUUGAUCAGCUCGCGUAUCGACCGGGAAGCGGCGUCAAAUGUAUGAUUACAUUAACGUUUGCUGAGGCAUUUGAAUAUCGGAAUAUUAGCAUAAGGUUUCUCGGACAAAGUAACACAUCCUUUAGCAAGAGGAAAGUGGCGGCAUUUAAACAUCGGUUUGCGAAAUAUUCCGCUAGUCAAGAGCAUUUUCGGUGGUAUAAGGAUGUCGUCAGCAGUGUCGAUGACAAUGGAUCGAUAUUACAACCUGGAACAUACAAAUACGAAGUCACUUAUACCCUUCCGCACAGUAUUCCGUCCACGUAUCAUGGCGAACACGGCAGCGUGGUGUAUACCGCGAAACUGAGCAUCGACAAGCACUUUAAGGACAAUCCGGAGCUCACGAAGGAAUUUAUCGUGGAAUCACCGUUCGAAGAUACCGCACAUCUCUUCGUGCCGACCCUCGAUGCGCCCAUAACUGUCGAUAAUAGCAUAGAUUUCUGCUGUUGCUGCUGCCGUCCCUCGCAACUUGGCAUCUCGACGACAAUUCCAACGGGCGCCUACACCACGGGCCAAAAUAUUCCCCUCACCGUCGAAUGUCAAAACAUCAAAAACAUCCACAGAUUCAAGCUGGACAUCAAACUCUGCAAAAUUAUCUCGUUUCACAGCACGCAACCCGAAACCGAGGUCAAAAAAGACAUCAAAGUCCUGUCGCAACUCGUACUCACGAACAAAGAUCACUUUGAUACGAAAACGUGGGCCGGCAAACUCAAGAUUCCCUUUGUCGAUAUUCCGAAUUUGCAAAAGUGCGCGAUAAUUGACGUGCAAUUUGUGAUUAGGACGAUGGCGAGUAUCGAUGGUGCGCUGAAAAAUGUCCAGCUAAAUGAGAUUUCGUUGCAUGUGGAGCCCGGCAAGGCCGUUAUCAACGAAGAAGCGAACGAGAAACUCGCACCUCUUGCGAAGGAAAUGGAGGAAUUUGACUCGUUGUUGUUGUACGAUGCCGAAUCACCACCUUUGGGAUACACCGAGACAAUUUUCUGAUCCUUAAUUACCUCGCUUCAUGACGAGCAUGCAGCCACUUGAGAUUAAAAAAAAUAUUUAUUGAAGACAAUUUUAUUUAGCUUUACUGAAAUCGAAACAAAAAAAAAAAUCACAACUGGUACACGAAUAAUUUAAACUCUGCCGUUCAAAUCUGUGCCUUGAUAUGAUAAACUUUGGAAAAUAUGAAUUAUUGAAACAAAAAAAAAUAUUUUAAAGAAAAAUAAACGC